CUACACUUUGGAGGGCUGUAGAGAUAUCUGAGGAAAGAGUGCAAGAUGGUGAAACUGAACCUUGUUGGAUGAUUGGAACACCAAGGACUGUGCGCCAAUACAUAUUGGAGUUUCUGAGUCCCAUAUCCCUGCACCAUGGGGUCAACCUACUUGGGGCCUUUGCUGUGGUGUGGAAUGACAGGAGAAAGAAGAAUAGCUACAAAGGAAAAAGGGUGAUACCAUCCACAUGUGAAGACCAACUACUGCUGGUGGAUCUAGUAGGAGCUAUCAAAGUGCUACCCACUGAUACGCUAAUGCAGACUGUUAAGUCAGUGAUCAAGCAACCCCCUCCCACUAACCAGGACCACAAUAAGAGGAAAUGGUGGUAUAGUAGGAAAAGUAAACGGACUCCACUUGAGGUGAACAUGCUACAGUUCUUCUAUGCUUAUAUACAGAAGACUCCCUCAGGGCAGUUGGUAGAUUCCUGGCCUGCACUGU